GGCUCCUUGGCCGGCGAGCCACGUCCCGCGGGGAGCUCCUGUUUGCUCGCCGCCCCUGCCAAGCCGGCGCUCCUCGGUGCUGGCCCACGCGCGCGAUCCUUGAACUCUAUGCGCCACAUCGCCCACACCGGGGAGCGACUUCUUGGGCCGCGAGCGCUGGCUUAUCUCCGGCGAGAACUGCCCCCUCCUGCAUAAAUACCGGCGGCGGGGAAGCGGCCGGCUCAGACGGGACGACCGGCAGCGCAGCAGCAGCAGCAGGAGAGAGCUGGUUCAGCGCGAAGAUGAGAGCGGUGGUGGUGGCCCUCGCCCUGCUCUGCCUGACGGGCACCCAGGCCCGCUACUUCUGGCAGCACGAUGAACCCCAGGCGCCCCUGGACCGCCUCAAGGACAUGGUGGACGUGUACCUGGAGACAGUGAAGGCCAGUGGCAAGGAUGCCAUUGCCCAGUUCGAGUCCUCCGCCGUGGGCAAACAGCUGGACCUGAAGCUGGCCGACAACCUGGACACGCUGGGCGCAGCCGCCGCCAAGCUGCGGGAGGACAUGGCCCCCUACUACAAGGAGGUGCGGGAGAUGUGGCUGAAGGACACCGAGGCCCUGCGCCAGGAGCUGACCAAGGACAUGGAGGAGGUGAAGGAGAAGAUCCGGCCCUUCCUGGACCAGUUCUCUGCCAAGUGGACGGAGGAGCUGGAGCAGUACCGCCAGCGCCUGGCGCCCGUGGCCCAGGAGCUGAAGGAGCUCACCAAGCAGAAGGUGGAGCUGAUGCAGGAGAAGCUGACCCCAGUGGCCGAGGAGGCUCGGGACCGCCUGCGCGGGCACGUGGAGGAGCUGCGCAAGAACCUGGCACCCUACAGCGACGAGCUGCGGCAGAAGCUGAGCCAGAAGCUGGAGGAGAUCCGGGAGAAGGGCAUCCCCCAGGCUGCCGAGUACCAGGCCAAGGUGGUGGAGCAGCUCAGCAACCUGCGUGAGAAGGUGACGCCCCUGUUGCAGGACUUCAAGGAGCGCCUCACCCCCUACGCUGAGAGCCUCAAGACCCGCUUCAUCACCCUCCUGGACGACCUCCAGAAGAGCGUGGCCUGAGCUGCCGGCCGGCGUGGCCAGGGACUGACCCCAGCCCCGCUCCCGCAGCCGCCCCGGGGCCGCUGCCCAGGGUGCUUCCCCCCGGGGGGACUCUGGGGACGGGCUGCAGGAGCUGCGGGCCAGGCCAGCCCCGGGGCAUCCUCCCUGGGGACCCCCUCCUCCUUUCCUGCCUCCUCCCCUUCCCUGAACCGGCAUCCGUCUCAGCUUUGCCUUCCUUGUGUCAAAUAAACACGACUUAAGUUA